GUGAUCAGAUCUGUGUGCUGUUUACAGAAGUGAGCACUUCCUGCUUCUUUACGACACACUGACAAGAACAUUAUUAUCAACAUCAUCAUCAUCAUGAGCAUCAGACGUCAGGAUCAGCAGCAGCAGCAGCAGAACUCUCCUCCCGGUCCUCUCCAUCGGCAAAGCAGCGUCACAGUCAGCAUGUCAGAGCUCCAACGAUGUUCAUGGACAGAGAGACUGAAAUGAGCUGAAGUUAACUUUAUUUCAACCUCAAACCUAUAUCUCUGCACCUCCAGGCAGACGAUCUUUCUCCGCUCAACAAUGAAACGUCUCAGCGCGAAAGCAUGCGUGACUCUGCUGUGUGGGGUCUCUGUGCUGUUUGCCACGGGCAGUAAGAGCACUUCCAUCCCAGAAACCACCAGCAACUCCAGCAACUCCAGCACUGCUGACGCAAACGAGCCGCUCACCGCUGGACACAAUGCAACACAAUCUGCAACUCACAAGCCCGCACGAGACACUGUCACUGCAACAGCUGACACCGCCGCGUCGCACACACUGGAAACAGAAGACGGCGUUAUGAGGAACCAAAGCGAAAGCUCAAAUAGCAACACGACUGAUUUGACCACAACAAGCUCAGAUGAAGGACUCACAGCGACAACGACUGUACACACUUCUCUUAGCAAUACGGUGACGCCCGAGACAAACAAACCCACAGAGAGGAAGUCACCCACCACGACUGCUGACGCGACAGCGCCUGCAACAUCCUCUGCAGCAUCUACUGCAACAGUGACCGUGUCUUCACUCACGUCCACCACCACAGCUGAUGGUUCCACUUCACCCCUCAGCAUCAGUACCUCUGCUUCCACUGUGGCCACACUGACAACAAACUCUACCUCUGAGGAAACACCUAUGUUUGACCACACUUCUUCUUCUUCUUCUCCACCUGUCACCAGUACAUGGACAUCCACCACCGGCCCCAAGCUUUCAUCUACAGAUCAGCACAUUUCUGAGACAAGUACCCACGUCUCCACGUCGCAGUCUUCUGACACAACAAGCUCAACCUCCACCACUGAGUCUUCUACCACCAAUGAGUCUGCUACCAUCUCUACCUCUGCUGUCUCUACAAGUCCAGUCGUAAUCUUGGUCCCCCGCGUUCCCAAAAGGUUGCCCAUUCCAUCAACUCCAGCAACACAAACGACAUCGACAACGACGACAUCGACAACGACGACAUCGACAACGAUGACAGCGACGACGACAACGACAACGACAACGACACCUUGUGGAGUCCCACAGAACCCACCCAGCUCUGACGGGGUGGGGCCCUGCUCUACUCGCGGCGUGGUGAAGCACUGCCUCAUCACCAUCGCCUGCUUAGCGGCGCUGGCCACCAUCUUCAUGGUUUCCACCAUUGUCCUGUGCACCAAGCUGUCGGCAAGGAAGUACAAGCUCAAGAAGCCACAGCAGGCGACCGAGAUGAUGUGCAUCUCCGCACUGCUGCCCGAGAGGAACUACAACUACACAAGGCAACGUAGCCAUGUCACCAACGGCGUGCUGGUGAUCCCCAGAGAUGAAGACAGUGAUGAAGAUGGAGGAGAUAACUUCACCCUCAGCAGCUUCCUGCCUGAAAAUGACCGUUAUGUUUAGAGUGUUUUCAUCAGCCGUGGACUGAUCCGGCUGAUGUAAGUGAUGUGGAUGCAUUUGCUGUUUUAAAUACAACAAACGCUUCCUCUUUCGAUUGCUGGUGGUUUGUCCUUCAAUGCAUGCUCAUAUCUCUGCGCAGCAGGAAGAGACAUCGACACCAUCAACACGUGGUUUCACGUUCAUGUGCCACUAGCCAUAUCUGUGAGGUCUGGUCCUCUACUGACGGCUUAAAGCCAGGACGAAGAGCAGGACCAAAGUUUGCUUUGUGGGUUUUUUUGUUUUUUUUCAAACAUCCUGAGCAAUGGGAGACAGGAAGUCUUGUUUUCUCAUCGAGUUACAUCGUGCAGUGUUGUUACACUCUGCAGUUUUCAAGUGGUUCUCUGUCGGCUGGGAGCCUUUGUGUUGAAAUGCAGUUUUUUCUUUUAUUUAUUAAAGAAGAAUUUUCCUUAUUUUGUGUUUUAAUGUGAUGCUUUGAUGUCAUGUGUCCGUGGACUGUCUGAUAGACACAAGUGUAAGAUACUGUAUGUAUAUAUGUAUAAGAAUGACUGACAUGUAUUGGGGAGACGAAUUCUCCUCAUCCCUCCCUUUGCCAAGCAUGUCAGACAACUAUGGAAGCCAGAGAGGAUGAUACUAAAUUUCCUUUUAUAAAACAUGAAAUGGAAGCUCUGGCUGGUUUGUCCGUUCAGGCUGCUGUAGGUGGUGCAAGAUGGAGGCCUUUGUGAAGCAAGAACAUAUAAAAUGUUUAUUCUAAGCCUACAAAAAACAAUCAAUUAAAGCAACUAUACACUUAA